CCCCAAUCCCAUUUCUUCUCUCUUCCCCCCUCAUUCCUUUUAUUUUAUUUUUUUUUGUUUUCUUUCCCUUUCUUCCCAUUCCACUCGCCGGUGAAGGGAUCACGAGAAGAGAAGCGACGACGGGAGGCGAAGCCGUCGCCCAUUCGGUCCGAUCUGCAAGUAUUUCUGCUGGUCCGCGAACAUUUCCUCCAAGGUGAAGAGAGGAGGGGUGCGGCGCGAUGUCGACGGAGGACGAGAAGUUGCUCAAGGAGGCGAAGAAGCUGCCGUGGGAGGAGCGGCUCCUCCAUAAGAACUGGAAGGUGCGGAACGACGCCAAUAUCGAUCUGGCCGCACUCUGCGACUCCAUCACCGAUCCGAAGGAUCCGCGCCUCAAAGAGUUCGGGCCUCUCUUCAGAAAGACUGUGGCGGAUUCCAAUGCGCCAGUGCAGGAGAAGGCGCUGGAUGCCCUAAUUGCGUUUUUGCGUGCUGCGGAUGCUGAUGCUGGGAGGUAUGCGAAGGAAGUCUGUGAUUCCAUCGUUGCUAAAUGUCUCACCGGCAGGCCGAAGACAGUAGAGAAAGCACAGACUGCCUUUCUUUUGUGGGUGGAGUUGGAGGCAACCGAAGUGUUCUUGGAAGCAAUGGAGAAAGCAAUAAAAAAUAAAGUUGCUAAGGCAGUUGUGCCUGCAAUCGAUGUGAUGUUUCAGGCUCUUAGUGAAUUUGGGGCAAAGGUGGUUCCUCCGAAGAAAAUUCUUAAAAUGCUUCCUGAACUUUUUGAUCACCAAGAUCAGAAUGUUCGGGCAUCUUCAAAAGGGCUUACUCUUGAACUAUGUCGUUGGAUUGGAAAAGAACCAGUAAAGUCUAUUCUAUUUGAAAAAAUGCGAGAUACUAUGAAAAAAGAGCUGGAAGCAGAGCUUGUUAAUGUCUCUGGAAUUGCUCGGCCUACUCGAAAAAUAAGAUCUGAGCAAGACAAGGAACCAGAACAAGAAGUUGUUUCUGAAACUCUGGGUGCUGGUGCUUCUGAAGAAUCUACUGUGGAUGCCCCUCAAGAAAUAGAUGAAUACGAGCUUGUUGAUCCUGUGGACAUUUUGACACCUUUGGAUAAGUCUGGCUUUUGGGAUGGAGUGAAAGCUGUUAAAUGGUCUGAAAGGAGGGAUGCUGUUGCUGAGCUUACUAAACUUUCUUCAACUAAAAGAAUUGCUCCUGGUGAUUUUAGUGAACUCUGCCGGACCCUCAAAAAGCUUGUCACAGAUGUGAAUCUAGCUGUUUCUGUAGAGGCAAUUCAAGCAGUAGGAAAUCUGGCAAAAGGUCUGAGGAAUCACUUUGCUGCAAGCUCACGAUUUCUGUUACCUUUACUACUUGAAAAGUUGAAGGAGAAAAAACCAGUUAUGACAGAGGCUCUUACUCAAGCUCUUCAAGGAAUGCACAAGUCUGGAUGUUUGACACUUGCUGAUGCUAUUGAAGAUGUUAAAUUGGCUAUCAAGAAUAAGGUUCCACAUGUGCGCUCAUUAACAUUAAACUGGGUCACAUUCUGUAUCGAGACAAAUAACAAAGCAACUGUUCUUAAAUUGCAUAAGGAUUAUGUACCUAUAUUUCUGGAGAGCCUUAAUGAUGGUACUCCUGAAGUGAGAGAUGCUGCUUUUGCUGCAUUGGCAGCUGUAGCUAAGAUGGUUGGCAUGAGACCUUUAGAAAGAUCAUUAGAGAAACUUGAUGAUGUCAGAAAAAAGAAACUCUCAGAUCUGAUUGGAAGCUCUGGUGGUGGUGAGAACUCUACUUCAGGAGAAGUUACAAUCUUAAAUUCAACCACCAGAAUAUCCAGUAAUGGGGGCGCCAAUAGUUCAUUUGUGAGGCGUUCUGCUGUAAGCAUGCUUAGUGGGAGGAAGCCCAUUCAGGUGGGGACGGCCACGAAGAAAAGUGUCUCAGUUAAGACCAAUGUGAAAAAGGCCGAUGGGGCAGGACAAUCAAAAGCUUUAGGAUCAGUUGAGACCGAAGAUGUUGAGCCAGGAGAAAUGAGUUUGGAGGAAAUUGAAGGGAGAUUGGGUUCUCUUAUAAAGGCCGAAACUAUUUCCCAGCUGAAGAGUGGUGUUUGGAAGGAACGCCUUGAAGCUGUUGGCCUGCUGAAGCAGGAGGUUGAGAAUCUUCAGAAUCUUGAUCAGUCUGCUGAGAUUUUGAUUCGUUUUUUAUGUGCUGUUCCUGGAUGGAGUGAGAAAAACGUACAGGUCCAACAACAGGUCAUUGAGGUCAUCACAUACAUAGUUUCCACUGUGAAAAGGCUUCCUAAGCGAUGUGUGGUGCUGUGCCUUUUAGGCAUUAGCGAAAGGGUUGCAGAUAUUAAAACACGUUCCCAAGCAAUGAAGUGCCUUACGACUUUUUCUGAAGCAGUUGGUCCAGGAUUUAUUUUUGAUAGACUGUACAAAAUCAUGAAAGAUCACAAGAACCCCAAGGUUCUUAGUGAGGGUAUUUCAUGGAUGGUCUCUGCUGUUGAAGAUUUUGGAGUUUCCCACAUAAAGCUAAAGGAUCUAAUUGAUUUUUGCAAAGAUAUUGGGCUUCAAUCCAGUACUGCUGCGACAAGGAAUGCAACGAUUAAACUUAUUGGAACCUUACAUAAGUUUGUUGGCCCAGAUAUCAAGGGUUUUAUGACUGAUGUCAAGCCUGCUCUUCUAAGUGCUCUGGAUGCUGAGUAUGAAAAGAACCCAUAUGAGGGUGCUGCUGCAGCUCCCAAGAAGGCAGUAAAAGCCUUAGAUUCUGGUUCAUCUAUUUCUGCUGCUGGGUCUGAUGGUCUGCCACGCGAAGAUAUUAGUGCAAAGAUAACACCUAAUCUAUUGAAAGAUCUAGGGAGUCCUGAUUGGAAAGUUCGUUUGGAGUCAAUUGAGUCCAUUAACAAGAUUCUGGAAGAAGCACAUAAACGUAUCCAACCUUCUGGAACUGUUGAGUUGUUUGGUGCUCUUCGAGGCCGUCUAUGUGAUAGCAAUAAAAAUUUGGUAAUGGCAACUUUGACUGUCAUUGGAAGUCUUGCAUCUGCAAUGGGUUCUCCUGUUGAGAAAUCUAGCAAGGGAAUUUUGUCAGAUAUACUGAAAUGUCUCGGUGAUAACAAAAAGCAUAUGAGAGAAUGCACUCUAAAUACCUUAGAUUCAUGGGUUCUUGCUGUUCACCUGGAUAAGAUGGUUCCUUACAUCACUGUUGCAUUGGCUGAUUCAAAACUAGGGGCAGAGGGGCGAAAAGAUCUUUUUGAUUGGCUAACAAGGCAUUUAUCAAAAGCUAACGAUUUGUCUGAUGCUUCACACCUCUUAAAGCCAACUGCUGCUGCUUUGACUGAUAAAUCAGCAGAAGUUCGAAAGGCUGCUGAAUGUUGUAUAGGUGAAGUGCUGAGGGUUUGUGGACAAGAGGCAGCUACUAAGUGUAUGAAGGAUCUAAAGGGGCCUGCCUUAGCUCUUGUACUUGAGCGGAUAAAGCCUUCUAGUCUGACUGAAGAAGCUUCAGAAUCCACAAGAUUGAUUUCCAUGGGUCUGGCAUCAAAACCGAUCAUAAAGAAUGGAAAACCAGGAUCGAACAUUAGCAAUGACCGUGGCUCUAGACCUGGCACCAAGACUACAUCAAUGAGAGGUGUUCCAACUAGGGCUUCAAAACUUGACCCUUUUGUUUCUGCUCAAGAUCUUGCAGUCCAGUCACAGGCUUUAUUUAACAUCAAGGACUCAAAUAAGGAAGAUAGGGAGAGGCUUGUUAUUCGAAGAUUCAAGUUCGAGGAGCCACGUCCAGAGCAAAUUCAGGAUCUGGAGUAUGAUUUUGUGAAGCAUUUCAGAGAAGACCUACAUAGACGACUUCUAAGCACAGAUUUCAAGAAGCAAGUAGAUGGACUUGAAUUGUUGCAAAAGGUUCUAGCAACAAAUAAGAAAGAAAUAAUUGAACUACUUGACAUACUUUUAAGGUGGUUUGUAUUGCGGUUUUGUGAGUCCAACACAACCUGCUUGUUGAAGGUGCUUGAAUUCCUUCCUGAGCUUUUUGGUGUUCUAAAGGAUGAGGGUUACACUUUGACUGAGGCAGAAGCUGCAAUGUUUCUUCCAUGCCUUGCAGAGAAGUCUGGUCAUAACAUUGAAAAGGUCAGGGAGAAGAUGCGUGAAAUGAUGAAGCAAAUUGUUAUUAUCUAUUCAGCAUCAAAGUUCCUUCCAUAUAUAUUGGAAGGCUUGCGUUCAAAGAACAAUCGAACUCGAAUAGAGUGUGUCGAUUUUAUUGAAUACUUAAUUGAUCAUUAUGGAGCUGAGAUUGGACAGUUGAAAUGUUUGCAGCUUGUUGCUGGGUUAACAUCAGAACGAGAUGGUGAAAUUAGGAAAGCUGCUCUCAACACAAUGGCUACUGCUUACAAAAAUCUUGGGGAGGACGUAUGGAGAUAUGUUGGGAAGCUAUCUGAUGCUCAAAGGAGUAUGCUUGAUGAUAGAUUUAAAUGGAAGGCUAGGGAGAUGGAGAAAAGAAAGGAAGGAAAGCCUGGUGAUGCCAGAGCUGCUUUAAGGCGUUCAGUCCGAGAGAAUGGGCUAGAUGUAGCAGAACAGAGUGGAGAAGUUUACUCACGCUCUGUCUCUGUUCCAAUGGCAGCAAGGGAAAAUAUAUCUUAUGCUCACUCUGAUGAAAGAAAUAUUUUAGCUCGACAAUUUGCUGGUGCAAAUGGUCCCACUGACUGGCAUGAAGCUCUUGAUAUUAUUGCAAUGGGUUUGCCCGAGCAGUCAGUUGAAGGUAUGAAAGUUAUAUGCCAUGAGCUAACGCAGGUCUCAAAUGACCCUGACAGCUGUGUAAUUGAAGAUCUUGUUAAAGAUGCAGACAGAUUAGUUUCGUGCCUAGCCACAAUGGUCCCUAAUACCUUUAAUUUCAGCCUUUCUGGAGCUUCAUCAAGAUCUUGCAAAUAUGUGCUUAAUACACUUAUGCAGACCUUCCAGAUCAAAAAACUAGCUCAUGCUGUGAAAGAGAGUACAUUAGACAACCUGAUCACUGAACUUCUUCUUUGGCUUUUGGAUGAAAGAGUUCCUUUAAUGGAUGAUGGUAGCCAAUUGCUGAAAGCACUUAAUGUUUUAAUGCUCAAAAUUCUGGAUAAUGCAGAAAGAACAUCAUCUUUCGUCGUGCUAAUUAAUUUAUUGAGACCUCUGGACUCUUUGAGGUGGCCAUCUCCUGUAUCAUCUGAAGCUCUCGUUACCAGGAAUCAGAAAUUCUCAGAUCUAGUUGUUAAAUGUUUAAUUAAGUUAACCAAGGUAUUACAGAGCACAAUUUAUGAAGUCGAUCUUGACCGUAUUCUUCAAAGCAUUCAUGUAUACCUGCAAGAGUUGGGGAUGGAAGAGAUACGGAGGAGGGCUGGAGCUGAUGACAAACCACUACGGAUGGUUAAAACUGUUCUGCAUGAACUCGUGAAACUCCGAGGUACAGCUAUAAAGGGUCACCUCUCUAUGGUACCUAUAGACACAGAACCUCAGCCUAUCAUUCUUGCCUAUAUUGACCUAAAUCUUCAGACUCUUGCAGCUGCUAGAAUGUUGACUCCAUCUGGCCCCAUGGGACAAACACAUUGGGGUGACACUGCUUCAAAUAGUCCAACUCCUACAACCCAUUCAGCAGAUGCUCAAUUGAAGCAAGAGCUUGCUGCAGUGUUUAAGAAAAUUGGUGACAAGCAAACAUGUACAAUUGGACUAUAUGAACUCUACCGGAUUACCCAACUCUACCCUAAGGUUGAUAUAUUUGCUCAGCUCCAAAAUGCAAGUGAGGCUUUUAGAACAUAUAUCAGAGAUGGGCUGGCUCAGAUGGAGAAGAAUGCAGUAGCUGGAAGGACACCUUCUAGCCUUCCCAUGUCCACUCCACCUCCCAUAGCAACUCUUCCAUCCCCAAAGUUUGGACCCCUCUCUCCUGUACACACGAAGUUGAUCAAUGCAAAAAAUGAAAGCAUACACCCAAAUGUUGCUGCUUCAUAUGUGGACAAUGAUGCUGUUGGGUCAACAGCUUCUCUGAGAGGUCAAACUGAUGCAUCAGAGUUUAGGCCUCACUUAGGAGACGAUCGGAUGGACCGAUAUCCAGCUGCUCCUGCAGUUACAAUGGGGACACUGGAUGCCAUCAGAGAGCGGAUGAAAAGCAUACAAGCUGCUGCUGCCGCUGGCAGUUUGGAUGGUUCAGGCCGACCAUUAGCACAUAUCAAUGGUAAUGUGCUCCAUGGAGAACGUGUUGAUGGGGAAACACCAACACAAACCAAUAUUCUUCCAAUGGAUGAGAAGGCAUUAUCUGGAUUGCAAGCACGGAUGGAGAGGCUAAAAAGUGGAUCCCUUGAACCGCUUUAGCUGAUGAUUGUAUGGUACCUUAUUUCAGGUUUAUACGGAUCCUUGUAAAUGACAGGAGAGCUAUACUCCACUAGUUGGUAGGUUGAACACGUGGGUACAUCGGCUUGUGAAAUCAGGCCUAAUGCACCUGAUGUGAUGUUUAUGGAGACUGCAGCACAGGUGGUGGUCAUUGAUGCAUCUGGCAAGCAAACCUUGGUGGUUUGUAGUAUUUUUCAUUGGUCUAAUGUUACAGGGUGAUUCUUUAACAUGCCCAUAAUUUUUGUCUUGAAUUGUGUAAAUGCUAAGACGAGAUGAGGCUAUAUGUUCCGUGCGUUUUGCUUGAA